AUGACAAGCAAAAUAGACGCGUAUAUUGAUUGCGUCUCGCCAUAUUCAUACUACGCACUGGUUUACCUGCGCCGCAAUCGCAAGGCACUAGAAUCCCAUGGCGUAGAGGUUGAAUUCCAUCCUAUCUUCUUAGGAGGCGUCAACGUUGGCUCUGGAAAUAAACCACCAUGGACAUUACCAGCCAAGGCCGCAUAUGGGAAAUAUGAUGGACAACGCGCAACUAAAUACUUCGGUGUUGCACCGAUAAAGACACCGGACUUCUUCCCUAUCCUAUCUAUUAUGCCCCAACGAUGCAUGAUCUAUAUCAAGAACAAUUUCCCGCGUGAAAAAUACGAGACUGCAUUUCUCUCACUGUCAGAAUGGAUGUAUCAUAAGAACAUUGAUAUCAGCAAGCCAGAUAAAAUGGCUGAGCUUCUGCAAACCCAUGGGUUCUCAAAGGAAGACAUUGAGAAGAUUCUAGCUGCGGCGUCGAGUCCGGAGUAUAAGCAGGCGCUUACGGACAGCACGCAGAAAGCACUUGAUCUUGGUGCGUAUGGGGCGCCUUGGUUUUGGGUUCGGAAUAAGGAAGGACUGGAAGAGCCUUUCUUUGGAAGUGAUCGGUUCGCGUUUAUGUGGCAGUAUCUCGGUCUGCCGUUCCAGGAUGUUAGGAUUAUUGAGAACGAGAAAGCAAAGCUGUAA